AUGAUUCAACGAGCCACAGGUAUUGGAUUAAGAAUGCUAAGAUCAAAUAUUGGUUCUGGUUUUGGUUCUGGUUUUGGUUCAAUUAGAUCAAUUAUACUUCCAAUAUUAUCCAUUAAACCAACAUACAUCAAUUCCCAACUUAAUUCUUCUAAACUAUUAUUAAUAAACUUUCAUCAUCAUCAUCAUAAUUAUUCUACCAAGACAGCACCACCACCUCCACCUCCUCCACCACCAACAGGAGAUAAAAAUGCUAAAGGGAAGAAAAUUCUUAAUAGAAUAAGUAGAGCAUUUACAUUUUCUUUAUCUACUUUAUUAGUUAUUGGAGCUGGAGGAAUUUCCAUAUUAGUUGUAUCAUUAAUAUUAUCAGAAUUAUUUUUACCAACUGGAGAUACUAGAACAUUUAAUAAAGCAGUUAAAUUAAUUGAAAAAAAUCAACAAGCUCAAAAAAUUCUUGAAUUUUCAUCUGGUGAAAGAUUAAAAGCUUAUGGAAUUAAUUCAUCAUCAUCAUCAGAAAAAUGGAUUCGUAAUCGAUCAAUUCAAAGUAUUAAAUUUAAAAAAAAAAUCGAUAAUAAAGAUCAUUUAUUAAUGAAAUUUCAAGUUGAAUCAAAUAAUGGGAAAUAUGGAAUUGUUUCAUUAGAACAAAUUGAUAAUUCAAUGUGGAAUACUGAAUUUGAAUAUAUUUCAUUAGAUGUACCUGGUUAUAAACGAAUUUAUAUUAUUGAACCACCAAAAAAUCAAUUGAUUCCAAAAAUUGGUGGAGGUUCAGGAUUUUUAGGACUUAAUUGGGGUCCUAAAAAAGAUUAA